UAUAAACAUCAAUAUAAGCCCAACAAAAGAACAAGCCCAUCACACGUACGCACAUAAGGGCCUAGGGCCCAAGGCCCAUCAAAACUUACCGAUUCUUUCGAGAAUCUGAAAACACCACUAAUCAAGCAAGGCAAACAAAGAGUUGAGAGAGAGAGGGUCUGCGAUGGAGGCUCACCGAGGGAGGGCUGAGGCGAUGGCGGCGCUGGGUGGCGGGGAGUGAUCGACGACGCGACGGGAGUGUCCCUAUGGUGGUGCGGCACCGAGUGAGAGAAAGAGAGAGAAGAGUUUAGAGAGAGGAAGUGCGAAACCGAAACAAACGAGAGAGAGAGAGGGCUGUGGCGGUCGAGGCUUUACCGGAAGAGAGUGGGUGCGUUGGGGCUGGUCUGGUCGGCGGGUUCUGGCUCCACGGGUGGUGCUCUGACUCCUAUGGUGGUCGGCGGCGGUUGGGCAGAACCUACAGCUCAACGAAAGUUCACGAGUUUCUCCUCUCGUGUACGGGACAUUCAGUUGUGCCUUGGCAUCCAGCAAAGUACUCAAAGUCUCCCCUCUUCCACGCCCUACAAGUCUGCCACCGCCACACUGCCACUGUGUUGGACGAGACUUUCUGUCAGAGCCUUGUCCCAUAGCAGUGCCUCUUUGUCCUACCAUGCCGUCAUUCCCAUUUCGAAACACAUGGGGCCGCUCCACCAUCAACGCCUCCCUGUAGGAGGGAUGUUGCGGCUGAGCCUUCAUCUCCUUCCUCUUCAUAUUUAUAUCACAGUGGGUGAUUCUCCUGUCGAAGAUAAAGUCCGGCAGAGCCUCUCCCAUCCUAUUCCAACCACUGCCCACUUCCUUAGGGACGAAGAUAAAAUUCCUCCUCCUACCACCACCAUAUUCCACCACUACCAUAUAGCGGCCUCGAUCAUUCGAGCAACACUGUGCUAUAAAGUUGCAACUGCCUUCCUGGACUGUGGUGAAAAAAUACUUUUUUCUUCCUUCAUGCAAGCUUCCAUGGCCUUAGCCAACCACUGCACCGAUGAGGGUCCCAAAACCACCUUAGACACCACCCUCCAACUUCUCUAUGUAAUAACCAAACAUUCCCCUCCUUCACAAGUGAAAAGUAUUUAGAUUCUAUAACCAACUCUUUAGAAAGACCCAUUCUUAGCAUGUCAACCUCCAAAAGCUCA